UCAUGCAUAACACCGUGUACACACACAAUUGGAGCAAAUCGUUUCAACCACAUGCACCGUUAUUCACUUAAAUUUGCAAAAUAUUGUACAAACAAUACUGAGUGUGUAUGUGGCCGUAGCUUAUGGUUGCUACCAGAACUGCCUCUAGGUCACGUGGUGUAAACCUUAAACACAGCAAGAGCACUGUCGGCUUCUUCUUCAUUAUUACCAUAUUGAAGUCAAGUAAACAGUAUAUAAGGUAUUACGGUAAAUGUGUUUAAAGGACUGACGUGUAAUUUGAAACCCGCUGGGGUUUACCAUAAUGCUGCGAGGGGCAACACGUGACGCACAGUAAACGUGAGGGCUGUCUUUACCUGUGUUGCCCCCGAGUGAAGACCGCCUUUUGACAGCUCGUUGUCGGCGGUGCUUGAGCGACAACCAGACUACCCGGUGACCUCAACAUGCUACCUGACAAAGAGGGCUCAGGUAUUGGAGGUGCGCAAAUGUCAUUCGAAGGAGAGGACCCUUCUGUCAGCCUGUUUCGAGAGUACCUCCGCCUCAGGACGGUUCAUCCGCAGCCAGACUAUGAUGCUGCUGUGAGAUUCCUGGACAGAAUUGCAGAGGAGCUCGCCCUGCCCAUGAAGAAGAUUGAGAUAUGUCCGGGCCGUGUCGUGUCCAUCAUGACCUGGCAAGGGACGAACCCCAACUUGAAAUCUGUUUUACUCAACUCCCACACAGAUGUCGUUCCCGUUUUCCAGGAACACUGGAAAUACGAUGCCUUCAGUGCUUUCAAAGACGCGGAGGGCAACAUUUAUGGACGCGGAUCACAGGACAUGAAAUGUGUGACAAUACAGUACAUCCAGGCUGUGAGACGACUGAAGGCCGAGGGGCAGAAAAUGCUGCGCACAGUGCACUUAGUGUUUGUUCCUGAUGAAGAGGUGGGAGGUCAUCAUGGCAUGGAGACAUUUGUGGAGCAUCCAGAGUUCCAGAAAUUAAACAUUGGCUUUGCCUUGGAUGAAGGUCUGGCCAACCCCAGCAAUGCCUUCACUGUCUUUUAUGGAGAAAGAAAUCCCUGGUGGAUUACCAUCCACUGUCCAGGCAGUCCCGGGCAUGGCUCCAGGUUUGUGGAGAACACGGCCGCCGAGAAGCUGCGCCACGUCAUCAACUCUUUCCUGAAUUUCAGAGACAUGGAGAAACACAGGCUAAAUACCAGCCAGUGUUUCACGCUGGGUGAUGUCACCACAGUAAAUAUGACCAUGGUCAAAGGGGGUGUGGCCUACAAUGUCAUCCCAGCUGAAAUGGACGUCAGCUUUGACUUGAGGAUCCCUCCAACUGUAAAUCUACAGGAGUUUGAGAAGCUGAUCCAGCAGUGGUGUAAGGGAGCGGGUGAGGAUGUCACGUAUGAGUUUGCUCAGAAACACAUGAACCAGAACAUGACCUCCACAAAGGAGAGCGACCCCUGGUGGAGCGCCUUCAGUCAAGCCUGCAGGGAAAUGGACAUGACGUUGGAAAAGGAGAUCUUUCCAGCUGCAACAGACAGCCGUUUCAUUCGAGCCGUGGGUAUCCCAGCCAUCGGUUUCUCCCCGAUGAACCAGACACCAAUCCUGCUGCACGACCACAACGAGUAUCUGAACGAACGCGUCUUCCUGAAAGGCAUCGACGUGUACGCAAAGCUCAUCCCGGCUCUGGCCAACAUAGCCGCCUCUGCGGAUGAGGCCUAAGUGCUCAUUUAGCAUGAAAUACCAAAGAAGAAGAGCGUAACUUGUCAUCAUUUCAUCACUCUCAGGUCUUAUGCACAAAUAAGUUCUAACUGAAUCAACUCACUUUUAAAACUGUCACUCAAGUGUGUAUGUGUGUGUAUGCGUGCGUGUGCGUGUGUUUGUGUGUAGUCUUAAAAGGCUGUAAUCCAUCGACGAUUAGGUUGCUUAAUCUCAUAUGAAAAUGGAUUUAUUUAAAUUUGCUUUUCACAAUUUUAUUUAACAAUUUGCAGUUCAAUAAAUCUAUUUGUCUACGA